AUGGAACCUUUUGAUCCACCCUUUCAAGAAUUUUACAAGAAACUAUUCGAUGAUCAUUUCUUCAAUGGACCAUGCCCUGGAGGCCAUGAAAUAGAAUUUUCCCACAAUGCCAAAGAGUGCAAGUUUGAGCUGCCAUUAAUCGAUCUAAGCCACUUGAACAUAGGUGGCUUCAAGCACGAGGACUGCAAACGAGAAAUUGCUAAAGCUGCGCAAGAAUGGGGUUUUUUCCAAGUAGUUAAUCACGGAGUUUCGCAUGACAUUCUAGAAAAGUUGAUGAGUGAACAGGUGAAAGUAUUCAAGAAACCGUUUCAGGUGAAGGUUAAUGGCCUCCCUGAGCUAAAUUUUCCUGCAGGAAGUUACCAAUGGGGGACACCCUCAGCAAAUUGUCUCCAACAGUUGGCUUGGUCGGAAUCAUUUCAUGUUCCAUUGAUUGAGCUCUCAACAGUAGGUGCAUGUGCUGCCACUGACUUUAGCAAGAUAGUGAAACAAUAUGCAAUGAUAAUUUCCAAGCUAGCAAAUGAACUAGCAGAGAUUUUGGCCGAAAUGCUAGGCCAAAAGUCCGACUUCUUCAAAGAAAAUUGCGUGCCUAGCAUGUGUUAUAUUCGCAUGAGCCGAUAUCCAGCGUGCCCUUUUUCUCCAGAAGUGUUUGGAUUGAUGCCUCACACAGAUAGUGAUUUCCUCACGAUAUUACACCAAGAUCAUAUUGGAGGCUUACAAGUACUUAAAGAUGGAAAAUGGAUUAGUGUGAAUCCUAAACAAAAGACCCUAAUCGUUAUUGUUGGGGAUCUUUUUGAGGCAUGGAGUAAUGGUGUUUUCAAGAGUGUGGAGCACAGAGUGAUAGCCAACAAGCAAUUUGAAAGGUUUUCAACAGCAUAUUUUUUAUGUCCGUCCUUUGAAACAAUGAUAGAAAGUUCUGAAAAAAGUUUGAUUUAUAAACGGUUUAGUUUUAGAGAAUUUAGACAACAAGUUCAAGAUGAUGUCAAGAGAUAUGGUCGUAAAAUAGGCCUUUCAAGGUUUAUUCUAUGA